AUGCCAGCCAGCAGCAUGGUGAACCAAGCACCGCCCGGCGAUGGAAUUCUUCCGACUGAUUGGCCAACCCGGAUGCUGCACUGCCGGACUCGGGAAUCCCCGGGGCGCUUUCGUUGCGAGAUAGACAAUUUCGAACUAUGCUUUUGUGGUUUCCUGUUGGAACCUACUAUACGUACUGGUGCUGGUCUGAUGCACAGUAGUUUGUCGUUCUAUCGCUCCCGUUCGAUACUGUACGGCUGGCUGAUUGCCGGUGCUGACGAUGUGGAAUGCCGUGCAGACAGUAAUGAUCAUCAAUUAUCAUCAUCCAUAUCGCCCGGUGGGUUGGACCCGGGCAGUCAAGGAUUUGCCAGAAGCAGUAUAAGUAGUAGUAAUAGAACAAGUGCUCCACGAAGCCAAAGUUGGCAGCAGCAGCAGCAGCAGCCGCAGCAACAUGUAGUCGGAGAGGGAAAAUUAAUUGACAAUAAACUGCGGGACAAACUACUUUCCUUCGUCGAACGCCGGUCGGACCGAGCGGUGCUUCGGAGAAGCAAGCGGGACGAUCUUUCCAGCACAGAUGAGAUAAAUAACUAUUACGCUAAGAGAAUAAGUGAUGUGGCAGCAAUGGCAUCAGUGCAAGGGGAAGAUAUUCCACGCAUCACCGAGGUGGUCCUUCCCGCUAGCAACCUAAGCGACGAACGAAUCCGAGAGGAGAACGAACUGCUUGAGCAUCUGAACCGAGAGCCAUUCCCGGACAGCCACACUAGCCCUACAUCCGCCGGUGGCGUCAGAAAGAACCACCCGGGCAGUGGCAAAAAAGGUCGCCGGAGAAAAGGGCACAAGAAGAAAAUCAAACGGAUAAAACCCACCGUGGAGCAUCGUCGCGCGGGCAGCCCAACAGUGGGAGCCGGGAGUGCACGUACGGGGCAGAUAAAUUCUUUGCUAACCAGCGAAACCAAAUUAUCAUUAAACGAAUCUGUGCAACAGAGCAAGGCCCGUGGAGGGAGAAAACACAAACAGAAGCAACCGGGAGGAGGAGGAGGCAAGCGAACUUCACAAACGAGCUCGCCGGCUAGGGAGGGGCCAGGUGAAUCGCAAACCUUGGCUAAAUCCUCCGACAGGCGAGGGCUCGAGAAAUGGGACAGGAAGGCCGGCCGGGAUCUCAUCGUAUUAAAAAGUGAUGAUAUUUACGAUAAAAAUAUGCAAAUGGCAGUUCAAAAGGAUGCCACCGAAGACGAGACAAUACUGCUGGCAGACGUGGUUGACAGUUGGAGUAGCAGCAGCAGCAGCCAGCAGCCAACGGAGCAGCAGUUGGAACGACCUGGACGGAAUGAACCACCGCCACCGCCGGCAGGAUAUCGGGAGGCACCGAAAGAACGACGACAAAAAGCGCAGAAAAAACAGCAAAAUCAAUUGAAAAGAUAUAAAAAAGGGGACCAGUUGCUGAGCCCGGCUUCGAACAUACUAACACUGCAGCAACUUCCGCCGGCUCCGGCGACCGAUCCGAGUGCGGCCGUGAGCUCGGUGACGGUCGUCAGCUCGGCGGAGGACAUGCACCGGACGGAAGCCGUAUCAUUGCAGCGCGUCAUCAUUGCCGGGGAUCUGUCGUGCAUGAAGGAUGACUUUAUACCAGCGCCAGCCAUACCGAAUGCCGACAUCAAGUAUCUGAGAAACGACUUGUAUGGAUUGGAGCACUCCUUCCUGGAGGCAGAGUACCAUUGUCGCGUCGGUUACGAGCGCCGUCAGCCGGGACCAGCCGGGAGGAGUGAAAACAACGAUUCGAAUCUGAUCUGCCGAAAAUCCCGCUGGAUCGGUAAGCGGCCGUCCUGUGUGCGGAUCAAACCGGCUGCGACAGUAACGGCGACCAGCGGAAGCGAUGGCACAUCGCCCCUUCCGGGGGGAACCACUCAGCAGCACGGCAAUAAGUUAUGCGGCAGGCAGCACAACUGCCAGCAAGCGUGCCACAUGCGGAAGGACAACGACUCUCGCGUGUGCUCCUGCUUCAAGGGAUUUAAGAUGGUUGAUGGGCGGUGCGUCGAUAUCAAUGAGUGCACCGAGUACGGUGAAGACAUUUGCGAAUACGGAUGCUCGAACACUGUUGGCUCGUUUAUCUGCAAAUGCCCGAAGGGAUUGCGUGUUACCGACAAUAACAAAUGCAUGGACGUAAACGAGUGCCUGCUGCGGAACGGUCACGGACCCUGCCAGGAUACGUGUAUCAACACUUGGAGUGGCUAUCGGUGCAGCUGUGCCGGUCUGCCGGGGACACGGCUGGCGCAGGAUGGCCACAGCUGCGAGGAUAUCGACGAAUGUACGGUCAACAACGGCGGCUGUUCGCACACCUGCCUGAACACGCUCGGGCGGGCAUUCUGCGUGUGUCCCGCCGGGUACAUGCUGGACGACGACUGGAAAACCUGCAUCGACAUUGACGAAUGUUCGAAUCAGAAAUCGAUUAGGCAGGAAUUUCGAUGCCAGGGAAGCUGCAUUAAUACGGUCGGCUCGUACCGGUGUCUGGAGCCGGAGGACGAACUGGACGCGAGGGACGGUCCCGGUCUGCCGGUUGGCAGCCAGCUGCUGCUACUGCCCAAGCAAUCGGAUGAACUGGACGACGGAAGCGAUGACACGCUGUGUCCUUCCGGGUACUAUUUCAAUACGACAAUGGGCGACUGUCAAGAUACGAACGAGUGCAGCAGUGACAAUGCCGGUUGUCAGCAUCACUGUAUAAACAGCGACGGCAGUUACUACUGCUCGUGUAAAUAUGGCUUCAAACUGGAUCCGGACAAGCACGGCUGCCUAGUAUUGAACGACUCGCUGAAGCUGGCCGACGUGGCCUGCCCGCCGCUGUUUCCGCCCCGCCACGGCUAUCUGGAGUGCAGCAGACCGAUUGACGAGAUCUCCGACGGACCGAACGGCGGCCGGCUGAAGAUCAUCAACCGACCCGGAAGUCAGUGUAUACUGAAAUGUCCGACCGGCUACCGGCUGGAGGGAAAGUAUUCCAAGAUUUGCGGUACCACCGGCGAGUGGAUUGGCGACGAGAGUGGAAGCUGUAUACGAUUUCCUCAACCGAGGUUGACCUGUCCUACCAGCGUGAACGUGGAACUGCAUCCGAACGAAACGGACACGACGGCGGUGAAGCUGCGCCGACCGAAGACCGACGUCAGCUGGGAGCGCGACAUCGUGGCCGAACCGCUCUGGGCCAAGAAGGACACCCUACUGCUGCCGCUGGGGUCGAUCAACAUCAGCUACACUGCCAAGCAUCCGGUUUCCAAGCUCACCACCAGCUGCACGUUUGCGGUCCAUGUGAUAGCUGGUCGACCUCCGACGGUGGAUUUCUGUCCGGAUACGCAAAUCUACACCAUCGAGGGUCGCCACGAGAGCGUUAAGGCCACCUGGGAGGAGCCGAUCUUCUCGGACAAUGUCGGUGUCGUCACCAUCACCAAGUCCAACAGCCCCGGUACGGACUUCGGUGCCGGCAGCCAUCUCAUAACCUACGAGGCCCACGACGGUGCCGAGUGGAGCUCGAAGUGUGUCUUCAAAAUCGUGGUCAACGUGAGCAAGCGCAAGGACGUUCAGCAUUACCAGCUUCCGAUCCUGUACAAUCGGUUUUACUUUUAA